GUCCCCGUCCCCUCCUCUCGUCUGGGCGGGUGCCUCAGCUCUGGAACGCUCAGUGAGGGGUGCUGUUUCCUGCCGGGGCGGUAUCAGUGUUACACCUCUGAGUCUACUCUCCUGCGCACCCGGCGGUUGGUGAGGUGAGGCUGCAGCAGCAUGGCGGCUAUGGCGACAACCAAGGUCCCUGAGGUACGAGAUGUAACCAGAAUAGAGAGAAUAGGUGCCCAUUCUCACAUCCGAGGGCUUGGACUGGACGAUGCACUGGAACCUCGGCCGGUAUCACAAGGCAUGGUUGGACAGCUGGCAGCUCGACGAGCCGCUGGGGUUAUAUUGGAAAUGAUCAAAGAAGGAAAAAUUGCAGGACGAGCCGUGUUAAUAGCUGGGCAACCGGGCACAGGAAAAACCGCCAUUGCUAUGGGUAUGGCUCAAGCCUUAGGCCCAGAUACACCAUUUACUGCCAUCGCUGGCAGUGAGAUCUUCUCUCUGGAGAUGAGCAAAACAGAAGCUUUGACGCAGGCUUUCCGGCGCUCUAUCGGUGUCCGAAUCAAGGAAGAAACAGAAAUAAUUGAAGGUGAAGUUGUGGAGGUUCAGAUUGACAGGCCAGCGACGGGAACAGGUGCCAAAGUGGGUAAACUGACCUUGAAAACAACAGAGAUGGAGACCAUUUAUGACCUAGGAACAAAGAUGAUUGAAUCAUUGACAAAGGAAAAAGUCCAGGCCGGGGAUGUCAUAACCAUUGAUAAAGCAACAGGCAAGAUUACAAAGCUAGGUCGUGCGUUCACCAGGGCGCGGGAUUAUGACGCCAUGGGAUCCCAGACUAAAUUCGUGCAGUGCCCGGAUGGGGAGCUCCAAAAACGCAAGGAAGUUGUCCAUACCGUGUCGUUACAUGAAAUCGAUGUCAUUAAUAGCAGGACGCAGGGAUUCCUUGCACUCUUCUCAGGCGAUACGGGAGAAAUAAAAUCAGAGGUCCGGGAGCAAAUCAACGCUAAGGUGGCAGAGUGGCGAGAGGAAGGGAAAGCGGAGAUCAUUCCAGGGGUGCUGUUCAUUGACGAGGUUCACAUGCUGGAUAUUGAGUGCUUCUCGUUCUUGAAUCGGGCUCUGGAAAGUGACAUGGCCCCAGUCCUUAUUAUGGCCACAAAUAGGGGUAUCACAAGGAUCCGUGGCACAAACUACCAGAGUCCUCAUGGUAUCCCUAUUGAUUUACUGGACCGGUUACUGAUCAUCUCCACGUCACCUUACAAUGAGAAAGAGACCAAGCAGAUCCUGAAGAUCCGAUGUGAAGAGGAAGAUGUGGAUAUGUGUGAAGAUGCCUACACUGUUUUGACCCGGAUCGGCCUGGAGACAUCUCUGAGAUACUCAAUACAGCUCAUUACUGCCGCAAGUCUGGUUUGCAGGAAGAGGAAGGGGAAUGAUGUGCAGGUGGAUGACAUAAAGAGAGUGUACUCCCUGUUCCUUGACGAGUCCCGAUCCACGCAGUACAUGAAAGAAUACCAGGAUGCCUUUAUGUUCAAUGAAAUGAAAGGAGAUACAAUGGACACAUCUUGAUUGCUGGAAUGGUUUAUCUACUUGUCCGUUUUGUUCUAUUUGUUCUACCCUUUGGUGCUGUCAAAACUUGUUACAUGCCUUCAUCUGCUUUCUUUAUUCUUUUAUAUAUAAUUAAAAAAAAAUACCGUC